CAGCCAAAUGCUUGAGCAAGUUGAGCGUAAAUUGUACCAAAUUGUAUGAACCGGGAUCAGGUGAAGUCAAAGUGCCAGUCAUUCAUUAUUCCGAUCCGAAUUGUCCUUCGCUCAUGCUGUGGUAGAUCAAUUAAGAAACGAUGGGAGCCGUACGUGUGAUCAACGAUGAUAGCCAGUUUUACGGUGAAAUGGCCAGUGCGGGAGCGAAAUUGGUGGUAGUCGAUUUCACAGCGACAUGGUGUGGCCCAUGCCAGAGAAUCGCUCCAGUAUUCGAACAGUUGUCAGUGAAAUAUCCGAACGCAGUAUUUCUGAAAGUGGAUGUUGAUAAGUGUGCGGACACGGCUGCUAUGCAAGGAGUCAGUGCGAUGCCGACGUUCAUAUUUUACCGGAAUCAGGCUAAGCUAGGCCUGUGCCAAGGUGCAGACCCGGCCGGGCUGGAGUCAAAGAUUCAACAGUUUUACGGAAGUGGAGAGGCAGAUGAUUCAGACAGUCCAGUAUCUGGACAUAUGGAUCUAACUCCUUACAUCACCAAGUCGACGUGCGAAUGUUUAAACGAGUCCGAUGAACACAAUCUUCAGCACUGUUUGAACCCUGACGAGGGAUACUUGGAAAGCGACUGCGAUGAGCAACUGAUCAUAUCUAUUUCAUUCUCUCAGGCAGUUAAAGUACAUUCGCUGAAGAUCAAAGCCAAAGAGAAUGGGCCAAAAAAUAUCAAACUGUACAUUAAUCAACCGAGGACGAUCGACUUCGACAUGGCCGAUUCCAAUACGAGCGUUCAGGAUUUAACAUUAACGAAGGAGGAUGUCGCGGAAGGUAACCCGGUUUCUCUGCGUUACGUCAAGUUCCAGUAUGUGCAAAAUCUACAAAUUUUCGUGAAAGACAAUCAGAGUGGUAGUGAAACGACGAGGAUCGAUUAUCUGGCAAUGUUCGGGUCGCCGGUCUUAACGACGAAUAUGGGCGAUUUCAAGAGAGUGAUCGGGAAGAAGGGCGAGAGCCAUUAACAGAUUCCGAUUGUUUAAAUGUAACGAAUUGUAAGAGACUAUGUUACGUCAAAUAAAUUUCGCCAUGGCAAUAAUUGCAAUGAUGAAAUACAUUUUUUUAUGCAUUUUUUAAAAUGAAAUGCAGUCAGAAUCUCUACCAUUAAAAUAAUUAAAACUUGCGUCGAUUUCUAUAAAAUAAAUUAGACCAAAUAGCGAAGCGUACUCCUUUUAGUUGUAAAGAAUUGUUAUCAAAUCUUCGAGUGAUCGUACACACGAUCUUGUUAAGUGUAAGAGAAAAGAAUACAAAUUUUUGUACCUACAAUAAAGGAUUGGAAAAGAA